CCACCAGCACAAAUCCCCUGUCUAUCCGCCACGUGUCCAAGCCCCUCGUCCUAUAUAUUCAUCUCUCUUCUUUGCUUUCAGAAGUUUCAAACAUCUUUCUAGUUCUCUUUGUUGUAAACAAACAAAGAACAAAACAAGGAGGAAAAAGGUGAAUUUAUGAUGAAACCAGGGGCUGAUCUGCAAUUUCCACCAGGAUUUAGAUUUCAUCCCACGGAUGAGGAGCUCGUCCUCAUGUAUCUCUGCCGUAAAUGCGCGUCGCAGCCGAUCCCUGCCCCGAUCAUCACCGAACUCGACCUAUACCGAUAUGAUCCUUGGGACCUUCCCGACAUGGCUUUGUACGGAGAAAAGGAGUGGUAUUUUUUCUCACCAAGAGACCGAAAGUACCCAAACGGCUCACGACCGAACCGGGCGGCUGGUACAGGUUAUUGGAAAGCCACCGGUGCUGAUAAACCAAUCGGUCGUCCUAAACCGGUCGGUAUUAAGAAGGCUCUAGUGUUUUAUUCCGGAAAACCUCCUAGAGGAGAGAAAACCAAUUGGAUUAUGCACGAAUACCGCCUUGCCGACGUUGACCGGUCGGUUCGCAUGAAAAACAGUCUAAGACUGGACGAUUGGGUACUGUGUCGUAUAUACAACAAGAAAGGUGUCAUCGAGAAGCGACGGAGCGAGACCGAGAGUGACGUGAAGCCUAUGACCGACACGUGUCAUGUAGCGGCUCCGGUGAAGUUAAACUUCGACAGACCGGAAAUUAUCGCCGGCUCGAGCUGCUCGGACCACCAUGUGGUGUCACCCGAAUUCACGUGCGAGGCUGAGAGCGAGCCGAGUAGGUGGAGCGACGGUCGGUUGAGUAACGCCCUUGAUGUUCCGUUUAAUUACGUAGAUGCCAUCGCCAAUAACGAGAUUGUCUCACGGCUAUUGGGCGGGAAUCAGAUGUGGUCGACGUUUGAUCCACUUGUGGUUCAGCAGAGAACUUUUUGAGCUGACACGUGCGAGUUAGUGGAACAACUAUGAUUAUCGUCGCACGUGCCGGAUAACCGGUUUCCAACCCGCCAGCUGAGCCUGAAGGAACGGAAUGGGCUUUUUUCCCCAACAACUGGGCCUUGGCUUUUCUACUCGAUUAAUACAAGCUAGACUAUGCAAUUGUAUUUGUAUGAUCCAACAUAGUAAUACCAUGGUUCUCUACGAUAUUUGAUUUGCAAUAAAUUCAUUUUUGAAUCAAAUCUGUAAGUUGUAGUACUGAAUUUUUGUUUUCAUAAUACAAUCAUGGAAUGGAUAAUAUUCCAUACGUUGAAUAGUAAA